GCUAACGGCUGGAGAGAUUCUGUAUAUAAAGAACUAUUCUCCGCAUCAAACCAUCAGUUCCUUUUCUGAAGUGUUCAAAUCAUCUUCUCUCAGCAACAUGAACAAAUACGUCGUUUUAGCAACUUUGAUUGCGUUCGCUAUUGCCAAGCCGCAAGGCUAUGGAUCAGGAGCAGGACAACAACAGCAGGGUUACGGUGGUCAAGCUGGACAACAACAACUGCAACAGCAGGGUUACGGAGCUCAGUCCGGUGCCUCUCAACAGGGUUAUGGUGGUGCUCAGGCUUCAGCUAGCGCAGGAGCUGGACAAGGAUACGGCACUCAAGGAGGAGCCGCUGCCGCACAACAGCAACAAGGGUAUGGUGCUGCUCCGGCUGGAGGUGCCGCUGGAGCUGGACAAGGUUAUGGUGCUCAAGGAGGAGCUGCCCAGCAGCAACAGGGCUACGGUGGGGUUCAGGCCUCAGCUAGCGCUGGAGCUGGACAAGGAUAUGGCAGUGCAUCAAACGGCCAGCAAAAACCAACCAAUACUUACAACGGAAACGGAAACUCUAAACCUUCUACAUCCGCUUCAUCCUACGAACAAGAGCAACCUCCGAUGCCCUACGAAUUCGCCUGGGAAGUUAAGGACGAGCCAACCAAGAACGACUACGCCCAUGAAGCCAAAAGUGACGGCAAAGUUGUGAUCGGAUCUUACCGCGUUCUUCUCCCCGAUGGCCGCACUCAGAUCGUUUCCUAUCGCGCUGACGAAAACGGCUACGUCGCUGACGUCAAGUACGAAGGUGAAGCUCAAUUCCCCGCACCAUCCGGAGGCAAUGGCAACUACGGAGCUGGAGCAUCAGCUGGAAAUGGCGGCAACAAUUACGGAGCUGGAGCUUCAUCUGCAGCUGGAAACGGUGGCAACAACUACGGGGCUGGAGCAUCAGCUGGAGCUGGAAACGGUGGCAACAACUACGGAGCUGGAGCUUCAGCUGGAGCAGGAAACGGUGGCAACAACUACGGAGCUGGAGCUUCAGCUGGAGCUGGAAACGGUGGAAACAACUACGGCAGCAGCGGAAAUGGAAACAGUGGAUAUGGCAGUGGAAAUGGAGCAAAGCCAAAUGGCAAUGGCAACAAAUCCAGCGCUUAUUAAAAUUAUAAAAUUUAAUGUUUGUGUGUUGCGUAAUUCAAAUAUUUUUGUAUGAACCACCCUGAAAUUGAAAUACACUUUAAUAAUAUACCUAA